ACAUCAUUGGUGGGGAAAACCAGGAUGUUCGUGGUGGUUAUGCAGGCCUAUCUUGUUAAAGGUAGGUAGUGUAUCAUCUUGUUGCGAUAAUUCUUCUUUGAAAGGUGCAAUCCUCUGUAUCCUAACCCGGAAGUAAUGCUAGCAGUGCCAGUGGCGUGAAAUAGGAACUGUGUUCGUGCCAUAUAAAUGUUGGACAGUUCAGCACCGUAGCUGUAGAUGUGUCCAUGAAGAAGUUUUACUAAAGUGUUGGCAGGAAUCUGACAGUGGAGACAUGGUGGGCUAUGACCCCAGGUUUCAGGGUUCAGCUCUCACCCCAGAAGAGGCUGCCCUGGCUGGGUCAGCUGCUGGGAUGGUCACCAGGGCCCUCAUCAGCCCCUUGGACGUACUCAAGAUCAGAUUUCAGCUUCAGAUUGAGCGUGUGUCUUCCCAUAUACACAAGGGGAAGUACAGGGGAUUAUUUCAGGCGACCCGCUGCAUAUACUCAGAGGAGGGCGUCUCUGCGUUCUGGAAGGGCCAUGUCCCUGCUCAGCUCCUCUCCAUCUGCUUUGGCGCCGUACAGUUUGCCAGUUUUGAGUUUCUGACAGAGGCGGUCCACAACUCGACGCUGUAUGACAGCCAGACAGCAGGAGUUCACUUCAUAUGUGGAGGUCUGGCUGCCUGCUCUGCUACGGUGGUCUGCCAGCCUCUGGACAUACUGCGCACCCGCUUUGCAGCUCAGGGACAAACCAAGGUGUACAGGAACAUGCGGCACGCUGUGUCUACCAUGUGCCGCACCGAGGGAGUGAUGACAUUUUACCGCGGCCUGUCUCCAACACUGCUGGCGGUGUUUCCGUACGCCGGGCUGCAGUUCUUCUUCUACAAUGUCUUUAAGAAACUGUUGCCUCCUCCAACCAAAUCUGGAGACUCAGCAGGGCUCCUGGGAAGCCUGGUCUGUGGCAGUGGAGCUGGGAUGAUCAGCAAAACCAUCACAUACCCAUUUGACCUCUUCAAGAAGAGACUGCAGGUGGGCGGCUUUGAAGCAGCCAGAGCGCACUUUGGACAGGUGCGCAGUUACAGAGGCCUUGUGGACUGCGCGGUGCAAAUAGCCAAAGAGGAGGGCGUCCGAGGCUGCUUCAAAGGCCUCUCCCCGAGCCUGGUGAAGGCCGCGCUUUCUACAGGCUUCACCUUUUUUUGGUAUGAAGUUUUCCUCAUUGCCAUGCGCAGCCUCAAGCAGAGACAGAGAACAAACGGCUCCACUUGAGGAAAGAGAGUGAAGGGAGAGAGGUCUCAAUCACGCACAUCAUAAAAACACUCAUAACUUCUUCAUUCUCACUUCAAAUAUUUAUUAACUGGGUCGGUUUUCAGUGGUGGUUUAUAUUCUGUUUAUAUCUCUAGAUGGAAAAAUAUGACCUCAUUUUAUUUAUUUCUGUAUUGUCAUUACACCCUUUGUUUUAUAUUUAAGAUAUGACAGGGUUUCUGAAGGGUAUGGAUGCUUGCUUUUAAAAGAUAUAUAUCAUUAGAACAUUUUAAGUGCACAUUUUAAGCUCUCGUUCAUAAGUCUGCCAUUGUUGACUCCUAUUUUAAUGACGUUUACUCAUUACAUUGUAAAUGGGGUAUUCACAAACAUUUCUUUUGAUCGUGUUUUUAUGUGUAAUAUUUAUUUUGUACUGUGUUGAGAAGAACACCCUGUGGACUGCUAAUCAGGAGUUCAGUUGGUUUGUCCUGCUGAGUUAAACACCUUAAAAGUUGGGGCUGUAUGUCUGUCCAGAAUUAUUUUUCUAAUAAAGGUUUUUCAUAUAA